CCUGGGCUGAGCUCAACCACAAACCACAUUCCUGCAGUCAUGAGGCAUGAUCUGAGUCACACGCUACAGAGAGAAAGGGUGGAACGAGCAACGACACAUCUCAGCGUCACAAAUGAUAAACACCAGUCUGUGUGAGCGGGGGCACUCAACUCAAUGAAUGAGGAAACUAUUUAUUUGUGCUUUUUAACUCAUUACACAAGGAUCAGAGCAGGAAUGACGGAGGAUGGCCACCAUUACAGAUGCGCCCCAAGAAUGGACUUUCAUCUAAAGCACAGGACCGGGUCACCUCUCAGAUGACGGAGGACAACCCCGACAUUUGUCAGACAAUGGAGGAGACGGCGGUGGAUGUUCAAACCAGAGACACUAAAGCCGAGUCUCUGGGCAACAACGCCAGAACCAACUGGUCAAAUGGCCAGUGUAUUGUGGCGAUGCCAAGCUCCUCAUCUCUGAAUCCCAGCUUCGAUCUCUCUCUAUGUCGAGCCAAUCUGGAGAGGGAAGGCUUUGAGAUACCACCCGAAGAAAUGGAAGAUCCACUGAACAGAGCUCUGGAUGUCCCCUCAGUGAGGAGAUACAUGGUUUUCAACUCGGGUCUUUUCCACUUCAUAAUGGCACCAGUUCUGUAUGUGGUGGUGUGGUGUGCCGUUUUCUCCACUCUCCACCUCUACAUAACUGUUAGUGACUACUGGGUCCUCUGUCUGUCAGUCAGCCUCAUCUCAAUCUUCCUCACCACUGCCGUCAUCUUCAUCCUUAAUCACAGCAACAAGGGGAUCAACAUCAACGUGGAUGUUCGGUUGGUCCAGGUUAACGAGAGGAUGGUGAAACACAAGUUGCUCGUGGGUGUGGCUGACUGGGUGCAGAACUGCACGGGACACAUGCAGUUGUACUUUGUGUACUGGGACAUGUCCCAUUGUUUGAGGACACUGACGGAAAUUUUAGAAGAGCAAAGCUUCGUGACGACUGACAUCCAGGGUUGCAUCUUGGAGCAUCCAUCCCUGAAGUGGAGUGACUCCAUCUCCGUCAUGUCUCCUCAGAGGAAAAUGAGGAGCAGAAUGUCUCAUCUCAUCGUGGUGGCUGAGAUCCCGGCCGCUGACCUUGAGGCCGGUGGCUCUGGGGACGAGCAAGACUCGGAUGAGAACAGGCCUCUGCUCAGAAACGAGGAUACAGGCUGUGUUACCGCCUCCAGCCAAACGGGGGCAGCCCAAGUCACCACUGACCACAGCCUGGUGCCUGAUGCCGCUCUGUCUAAUGAGGCCAAAGCGUACCAACUUCUGCUGACCUACAGUGCAGCUUAUGUGAAGAUGCUGAUGUCCGACAGGCUAUCGGGGCCCUCAAAGCACCGCCUGCGACCCCAGAGGAACCACUGCACCACUGCCUCCAUCUGCCUCUGCCAAUACAUCAAAUCAAAGAUCCUCCAAUAAGAUCUGAGGGGUUUUCUCCGGAGCUGAUGUGGAUUCAGGACAAUCUGACCCCUUGAAGGACUCCAAAACUCUUUAUGUCUUUUUUUUAAUUAUAUAUUUUUUUAACAGCUGGCUCUCCGCCCUGCAGGCUGCUUGUUCAGCGCUGUCACACCAGCUCUGUGUUUGCACCACCUGGAUGUUUGUUUGUUAGCACCUUGCCAAAUGCUGUCAGCUAGAAGCACAGGUCUGUCCACCUGCUGUAAAACAACAUUCAUUCUUGUUCAUGCAAGACAAUCACAGCAGUAGUUCCUGCUUACACGUGUACAAAUAAUAGAUAUGUAGCAUCUGUAGAUUUGUAAUGAUUGAGGGAGCAAUUUAAUGGAUUCAUUCGGGCUUAGAUUGCAUAACUAAAAAUAAUUCACUGAAAUACCUCCGCAAGCAAGCCAAAGCUUAUUUAAGUACAAAACCUCCUAGACCAGGAAGGACCAAAGAAAAUAUGUGAUUACAUUUUUUUACCUGAAAACGCAUCUCUCAGUUUACAUCAUAAUAAUUUAUAUAUUUUUAAACAAUAUGUUGAGCUACUUUACUUUAACACAUCAUUAAGACAUUCUUGUGAUUUAACUCUUAAAUCUGAAAACAUCUUUUUUCUCACUGCAGUUAUUUCGUCCAUCAUUGUAAAACAAACUUGGGUUAAAACUGACUACUAACUCUUACUAAUUGAUCAUUACCCCAAAUGUCAAUACUGUAUGAAAUAUUAAGAAUUACAGUGGAACAGCACAGAACUAGUAAAGAUUUUUCAUCCACAGAUCCAUUUAAUUCCAUAGAUAACAACAGAUACGGAGAGUUCAUCUUUCGUGUAUUUUUUUCCAACGAAACUUGUGACUUGUGUUAUUUCCCGAAAAUGCAGUGCUUUGUCAAAUGGUCCCAAUUUUCAGCACACCUUGAUAUUGCCAGUGGUGGAAUACUUACAUUUUAAAAAGGUUUCUUCUACAUUUCAGAGAAAGUUUUAUUACAUUUUGUACAAUGUAAAACUGUCACAAAUAGGAAAGUAUACAAUCAUUACAGGAUCAACUCUAUUUAUAAGAAGGCAGUUUGGGGUGCUUGCAUUGUGUACUGUCAAGAAAGAAGACACAGACUGUGACCAAUCUGACCUAAUAUUGUCUCUUUUUUUGCUGUCAGCUGUGCUCAGCCUAAAAUUAGAAAUGUGAUGAAGAUUUUGAUGAUGGUGAAAGCAUUUUAAAAGCACUUUGUGUUUGUUUUGAUCCCGCUGCUUUUGGAAUGUGUGGAAAACAUUCCUAUGAUGCCUUUGUUUGUCACUGGUUGUACUAAAUGACUAGAUGAUAUAUUCUAUAAAAGAUACAGUUUAGUUUACCAAUAAGGACACAGAAGAAGU